AUGCUGAAACGCUCGCUCAAGCCAUUAGCGCGUCUCGCGUCGGCGUCUUCUUCUUCUUCUUCUUCCUCCUUCUUAUCGUCGUCCAGCAGCAGCAGCAAUAGUUAUUUCGCGAGAAGCAGUGGUGCCUUGACGCCUUCAGGCGCUCCCGGUUUUCUGCGGCGCGGGUACGCUUCUAAAGAUUUAAAGUUUGGGGUCGAGGCGAGAGCUCUGAUCCUCCAAGGAUGUGAUCGUUUGGCAGAUGCCGUUCAAGUCACUCUCGGACCAAAAGGUCGAAACGUCGUUAUCGAACAAAACUACGGUCCACCGAAAAUUACCAAGGAUGGCGUGACUGUUGCGAAAAACGUUGAGUUCAAAGACAGAAUGAUGAACCUUGGCGCUUCUCUCGUUAAGCAAGUGGCAGUAUCUACGAAUGAUGUAGCGGGUGACGGAACUACAACAGCAACUGUUCUUACGAGAGCAAUAUUUAGCGAAGGAUGUAAGUCCGUAGCCGCUGGGAUGAAUCCGAUGGAUUUGAGACGAGGCAUCCAGCAAGCCGUAGACGUGAUUUUGAAGGAAUUACAGUCCACGCGGAAAAUGAUCUCAACCACGGAAGAAAUUGCUCAAGUUGGCACAAUUUCUGCGAACGGUGAGCGUGAAAUUGGUGAUUUGAUCGCUAAAGCAAUGGAAAAAGUUGGAAAAGAAGGCGUGAUAACUUGCGCGGAUGGAAAAACGCUCGAAAAUGAAUUAGAGGUCGUAGAGGGAAUGAAAUUUGAUCGAGGCUACAUUUCUCCUUACUUUGUGACCAAUCCAAAGACGCAAAAGUGCGAGCUCGAGAACCCCUUUAUCCUGAUUUUUGAGAAGAAAAUUUCUGGUUUGACGCCUCUGUUGCCUAUUCUCGAAUCUGUUCUGAAAACACAGAGACCAUUGCUCAUCGUUGCGGAAGACGUCGAAUCUGAAGCCCUUGCAACUUUGAUUGUGAAUAAAUUACGAGGUGGAGUGAAAAUCUGCGCCGUCAAAGCUCCGGGAUUUGGAGAUAACAGAAAAGCUAACUUGCAGGACAUUGCUAUUUUGUCUGGCGGAACCGUCAUCAGCGAGGAUCUUGGGUACAAACUCGAGGAAGUUGAGAUGUCUAUGUUAGGAUCUGCAAAAAAAGUUACCGUUUCCAAAGAUGAUACUAUUUUACUGGACGGUGCAGGUGAGAAGACGUCCAUCGAGGAAAGAUGCGAUCAAUUACGCGAUUUAAUCGCGGAAUCUCAGUCUGACUAUGAUAGAGAAAAAAUGACUGAAAGACUCGCAAAACUUUCCGGAGGAGUUGCUGUUUUGAAGAUAGGAGGUUCUUCCGAAGUCGAAGUGGGUGAAAAGAAAGAUCGCGUAGUAGACGCACUCAAUGCCACGAAAGCUGCUGUUGAAGAAGGAAUUGUACCUGGUGGUGGGACUGCAUUGCUUCAUGCCACGAAAGCUCUCGGUGCGCUCGAGGACUCGUUGACGAACUUCGAUCAAAAAAUUGGCGUACAAAUUGUGCGAUCAGCUUUAAAAGUUCCCAUGCGAACUAUUGCGAAUAAUGCGGGCGUCGAAGGCUCAGUCAUUGUGGAAAAAGUGUUGGGGUUUGAAGACAAAGGUAUGGGUUACAACGCAGCAACUGAUGAAUUUUGCGAUAUGGUCAAGGCGGGUGUAAUCGAUCCAUUGAAAGUUGUUCGAACGGCGCUCAUUGACGCUUCGGGCGUUUCUUCUCUGAUGUUAACAACAGAGUGCAUGAUUACAGAAAACAAAGAUGAUGCAAGUGAUGGUGCUCCUGGAGCUGGAAUGCCUCCUGGAUUCUAA